CUCAAAGUGUUUUACCUUUUGCGGACUUGAGAACACUAAGCCACUAAGCCAAUUGCUUAACCGUGGUUAGGACAUUUGCUUACGUGAACCUGGCCGCUCGUUAUGAGGAUGCAGUUCUUGUCUUAGCUUGAGUGUCGUAUACGCGUCUCCACAUCAUGACUUGGCGCCAUGCCGCUAAGUGGCUGGCGGGUAGAGGAUGGCGGUCGAUGGCCACUGCCGCGGCGGGUUCCGCUCGACAACAGCAGCAUAGCUCGCAGCAAAAGAAGCUGGGAUUGAAGGAGGUUCAACACAUCAUCGCGAUUACUUCAGCCAAGGGCGGCGUGGGCAAGUCGACCACCGCGGUCAACGUUGCCGUGGCCAUGGCCACUCGUUUGGGACUGCGAGUGGGUUUGCUAGACGCCGACAUCCACGGCCCCUCCAUUCCCACCCUCAUGAACCUGCGGGGCAAACCCGAGGUGGACAAGCACGGUCCCCAGGCGCUGCUACUGCCCAAGGAGAACUACCGCGUAAAAACCAUGUCCUUCGGCUUCUUCUUGGAGGGCGACGAGCCGGUGGUGUGGCGGGGCCCCAUGGUGAACAACGCGUUCGACAAGAUGCUGUACGGCACCGCCUGGGGGGCGCUGGAUGUGCUGGUGGUGGACAUGCCGCCGGGCACGGGUGACGCUCAGAUCAAUCUGGGUCAGCGCAUUCCGCUAUCCGGGGCGGCCCUGGUGUCCACCCCUCAGGACGUGGCCCUCAUAGACGUGCGCAGAGGUGCGCAGAUGUUCCUCAAGCUGCGCGUGCCGCUGCUGGGGCUGAUUGAGAACAUGAGCUACCACGCAUGCGCCAAGUGCGGGCACGUGGAGCACAUAUUCGGGGCGGGCGGGGUGGCGCGGGCGGCAGCGGACUAUGGCGUGGAGGUGCUGGGGCAGGUUCCGCUGCAUGUGGACAUCCAGACCAAGUCCGACGCGGGGACGCCGGUGGUGGCCAGCGACCCACGGGGCGAUCUGGCGGGCGUGUAUGUGGACAUCGCACGGCGCAUACACACACAGCUGCAGGAGCGGGGGGCAGCGGGGGCGGCUGGCGGACCCAGCAUUACCGUGGAGUAGGUUGCGGGAGGGGGGAAGAAGAUUCCCAAUGCAGGAAUGGAUGGAGGUCAGGGAGGGGAAGCAGGAGUAGAGAGGCGUUGAGGAGGAGGGAGGAAAAUAAUAAAUAAAUGCAACAACGCAAUCCCAAUCCCGAAUCCCGACUCAUGCAGUGAGCGCAUUCGGAGGAGGGAGGGGUUGUGCUGACUGUGGAAUCAUGGUGGUAGUUGGGGUAUGGUUGACGAGCAGCUGCUUGUAGGCCAGCGAAGGGCGGCAAAUGGUUUUGACUAGGCUCCAGAUUCGGCAGGGCAGUUGCGGGUAGGGGGCGCGGAGCACCCUUAGGUGAUGAAACGGUAACGGUUUUAGGCAAUGCGUGUUUAGCUUUUCACCCAAGGCGUCCCAGAUGGCGUCUAUGUCAGCAGCUGGUGGCAGCUUUUGUCGCUGGUGACGCUAUUGUCGUUCUUGAGGAAAACCUGGGCUCUUGGGUGGUUGUACAGUGCUACUGGAGAAUGCUGCUGUAGGGGGAGUGCUGCUGUUCAGGAGUAACAUCGCUGGGCCUUUUGGGGAGUUCGGAACAGUGCAUGGUGGUUGGGGGAGGCUACACCGGGCUAACUCGUAAG